AUGAAGCAAAACAAGACUUUUGUGGAUGCACUGAAUGAAACAAGUAAAGGUGACUAUUCUAUCAAGAAGUGUAUGGAUCUUCUGGAAUCCAUUGAAGAGCUCUCAGAUGAAGAGAAGGCGCAAGCAACAAGCAUCAUGAAGUGUGAGGUGAACAGAGAAAUUUUUAUCAACUUCACAAACCCAAGAGUUCGCCUGUUGUGGAUUAAGGGUAGCUUUUACUACAACGAUGACAUCAGUGCAUCCUGUGGGAACAUGCUUUGUUCAGGUUUGAUGAACCCAAGAGUUCGUCUACGGUGGAUCAAGGGUGAUAUUGCUCCAAAGUACUAUGAGAAGUACAUGGCCUUGUAG